CGUAAACUCUCGGAGGUCCGCCCGUCGUUGCACCUGGCGCGACAAGGCGUCCGCGCGAGACUUCGAAAGCUCGUAGAUUUUCGUGUCGUAAUUCCUCCCCUAACAGAAGGUCCCCGCCCGAUCCUCAGCCCUCCUGGACUGUCGGUGCUGGGGCUUCCCCGCGCGACGCGGCCACGCGCCCGGAGCGGCCGCGGGGGGGGCUCAGGGCGAGGAGGCCAUGCUCUCCGCGGGCGCUGCGCGCACGGACUCCGCGCUCGGAGAGCUGGAGCGGCUCCGGGCCGCCCUCGCGGAGGUCGCGGGGCUGGGCUACACCGCCGCCAGCAGGGAGAAGGCUCUGCACGCGUUCGACGCCAUGCACAAGGCCUUGAUGAGACUCUGCACCGAGGAUGGGCUGAAGUUCGACAGUGACUUGGAGAGCAUAGAGCCAAAGCGCGACAUCCUGGCUUUCCUCGCUGAUGUCACUCGGACCAAGCCGUCCUUGCGGUCGCGCGUGGCCGCGGUGGAGAGGCGCCUGCUGGCCCUGCACGGUUGGCGCGAGGCCGCGCCAGUGGGUGCCAGUGAGCCGGCGCCCCCGCCGUGCGGAGCGGCCUUGUGGCCCCUGGCCGCCGCGUCUGUCGAGGUGCCUGCAGUGGCUUCCGCGGCAUCUACGCCCGUGGCAGCAGCGGCUCAGUGUGACGACGCGGCGGUGCCCGCCGCCUCGCCGCAGGCCCUGGUCGACCCGUGGGCGGUGCCCGCCGGCCCCUGGACGGCCCCGGCCGACCUCCGGGCGGCGCCGGCCGAUCCCUGGUCGAAGGCCAGCGCGAGCAGCUCGCCGGUGCGGAGGCGUCAGGCCG